AUGGAGAUAGAGGAUCCUUAUUUGCCCGGAUCUAUCAGUCUUUUUGAACAGCUCGAUAAAAAGCUAAUGGUCGUAUUAAGAGAUGGCAGAAAGCUCGUUGGAUAUCUUCGAUCCAUAGAUCAGUUCGCAAAUUUAAUUUUGGAAGACGUCGUCGAGAGGACCUUUGUAGACAAGUUUUAUUGCGAAACAAAUCAAGGCUUUCUCUUGAUCCGCGGAGAGAACGUUGAAUUAGCUGGCGAGAUCGAUGAAAACGUUCAGACAGGAUUGAAAAAAGUUGGUUGAACUCAGUCGAUUAGUUUGAAACAAGACGGGUUUUUCAGGUUUCUACGGAAGAGUUGCAACGUAUCGAAGAAGAAAUAAAUACUGAUUCCCCUCGAGAAGAUAUAGUUAAGAAGAUUGUGGAGAGUGAAGGAUGA